UAUUACGAUCGGAGUGCAUCAAGGUUCUGCACUUAGUCCCUUUCUCUUUGCUCUAGUCAUGGACGAAAUAACGAGGUCAGUUCAAGAUGAUAUACCAUGGUGUAUGAUGUUUGCGGAUGAUAUUGUGUUGAUUGAUGAGACAAAGGAAGGUGUUGAGAGUAAGUUGGAAUUGUGGAGGCAUACAUUAGAAGCCCGUGGUUUUAGAUUGAGCAGAAGUAAGACGGAGUAUAUGGAGUGCAAGUUCAGUGGGGUUACAAGCAGCGAGGCGGGGGCGGUCACUUUGGAUAGCAAAGUGGUUCAAGGAUCGAACGUCUUCCGUUACCUAGGAUCCAUUCUCCAAAAGGAUGGAGACGUGGCGCAUAGAAUUAACGCGGGUUGGUUAAAGUGGAAAAGUGCCACCGGAUUCCUUUGUGAUUCCGGCAUUCCCCAAAGAUUGAAGGGAAAGUUCUACCGCACUGCAAUUAGGCCUGCUUUGUUAUAUGGCACCGAAUGUUGGGCGGUGAAACAAUGCCACGUUCAUAAGAUGAACGUGGCGGAGAUGCGUAUGUUGCGGUGGAUGUGUGGCCACACAAGGAAGGACCGAUUAAGAAAUGAAGUGAUCCGGGUAAAAUUGGAGUUGCAUCCGUUGAAGAAAAGAUGA